AUGCCUCCCUCGGCUGCUUCCGUCUCUCAACCGUAUGCCGAUGCCCAGCCGAGAAAACGUCGACGGUCCAAAGAGCCUGAUUGGAACAGUUUCUAUAAGAACGGCCUACCCAAGGAGAUCAUCGUCAUUGACGACACACCCGAGCCCGAGCAGAAUUAUUCAGCCGCUGCUUCGCGAGCGUAUGCGAAUGGGGCGGCAAAUGGCUCGGCUACCGGAACUACCACCACCACUACUACUACCACUACCACAACUCGCCCUGCUGCCAAGCGAAGAAGGAAGGAUGAGGGCCCGCACGCUGAUGACCCGUACGAGGGCAGUGUAAACGGCUCUUACCAACACACCUCCAACAGUGGCUCAACAUCAACCGAUCGCACCACUUCAGCCCACAACACCACAGCUGCUACCUCGCUAGGCUCUCUCUCCUCCAACGGUAAUUACGACCACGACGCUCAUCACACGGGCCAGAAGAGGAAGAGAACCACCCGGCAGCAGAUCGCUCAAGAGGCGAAGAGGCGCGAGGUUGAGGUUCUCAGCGAUACCUUCGUCAGUUAUCGCCCCCCAAAGAAGCCUGUUAAGAAGGCUGGCGAUGUGACGGUUCGAGUCGUGAAUGAUCGUUCCGUCCAGAGCAGCGUGAGGGUCGACGACGAGGAUGGCCACUACAUCGUCGUCCCUGAUGCGGACCUCACCUCGCAAUACCAAAUGAUCAAGCUUCUCGGGCAGGGAACGUUUGGUAAAGUCGUCCAAGCCCGAGAUCGCAAGAGAAAUAACAAGCUGGUCGCUAUUAAGAUCAUUAGAGCAGUGCAAAAGUAUCGUGAUGCAUCGAGGAUCGAGCUCCGUGUCCUGCAGACGCUAAAAGCCAACGAUGGGGAGAAUCGGAACCGAUGCAUACACCUUCGAGACUGCUUCGAUUUCCGGGGCCACAUCUGCAUUGUUAUGGACCUGCUUGGCUCAAGCGUCUUCGACUUCCUGAAGAGCAACAACUUCGUUCCCUUUCCCAACAGUCAGAUCCAGAGCUUUGCCCGCCAGCUCUUCACUAGCGUAGCCUUUUUACACGAUCUAAACCUCAUUCACACUGACUUGAAGCCGGAGAAUAUCCUGCUUUGCGACAACGCCUAUCAAACAUUCACCUACAACCGUCGGAUCCCGUCAUCAUCAGCCAGUGUGAACCGACAAGCUACGCAGCGUAAAGUUUUACUCGACACCGAGAUUCGGCUUAUUGAUUUCGGGUCUGCGACGUUUCAGGACGAAUAUCACUCAUCUGUCGUAUCUACACGGCACUAUCGCGCUCCGGAGAUCAUCCUUGGGUUGGGGUGGUCUUUCCCCUGCGAUAUAUGGAGCAUCGGCUGUAUCCUAGUCGAGUUCUUCACCGGCGAUGCUUUGUUUCAAACACACGACAACCUUGAGCACCUUGCUAUGAUGGAGAAUGUUUGUGAUAGCCGGAUCGAUCCUCACCUCGUACAGGCCGUGAACAAACAGGCCUCUCGGAAUAACGCCAAUGCUGCAUCCAAGUAUUUCAAACGGUUGAAAUUAGACUAUCCCACUGCGGAAACCACACGAGCAUCGAGACGUUUCGUGAAGAAUAUGAAGCGCCUAAGCGACAUCAUCCCGUCCUCUAGCCCAUUCCUUAAAUCCUUUCUGGAUCUUCUUCAGAAGAUAUUUGUUUACGACCCUGCGAAGCGAAUCACUGCGCGGGAGGCGCUCGAACACGAAUGGUUCCGUGAACCGCCGGUCCCUGACGAUGGUACCGAGGCUGCAAAGAUUCGAGUCGAACGUAUGAGGGAGCACGAGUACCACCCUCCUAGAGGCUAG